AUGGAGGCACGCAAGCCAUCACACCACGUCAAGGUGAAGUCUCGUCGUGAUGACUUCUUUAUUAUGGAUGCUCUGUCUACUUUUAUUGCAGAUGGUCUCACUAACCGCAAUACUAUAUCCUGGAAUAUGGCCACAUCCAGGGUGCAAAACUCAAGUCUUUUAUGUAAAAAUAAUUGUGGGUUCUACGGCAAUCCUUCCUGGGAUGGUUAUUGUUCUGUGUGUUAUCGUGAAACAUACAUUGAACAAGGACAGUCACGAAAUGUGACUUCCAAUCUGUCCGCAGUGUCCACACAAGCAUUUUCCAAGUUUGAAGCCAAACGAAAACAAUUAGCCGGAAAAGGUGCAAGCACACUAAGGCAGAUAUUUCGUUUUUCCAAAGAUGGCAGUCGUGACAAGUCAUCUGCUCUUCCAGAAGAGUGCCUCCAAGCGGCAACAGAGUUUAACUCUUUUUUGGCUACAUUACGAGCCACAGUGAGUGCGGAUGUUUCGCGGAUGGUGUAUAAGCUUUUAGAAGAACUGGAAACAAUGGCUGGAUCGCAUAUCAAUCAAUACUCGGUGGUUAUUCAAAACUUUUAUCAAACUGUUUCCGAUCGGAUAUCAAAAUCUGCUCUUUAUACCGAUCUUCCGACCCCGGUAACCGAGACCCUGUUGAACGCUGUCGAACGAUUUGUCACAACGUGGAUUUAUUGUUGGGCAUUUGCUUCGCCCAUCACAGAUGACGAAUCGGUCGAUCUGAAACUGCAGGAAAAAGUACGUUCGCUACAUUGGAUCACACCCAGUUUGUUGGACUCACCAAUCAAUCCUUGUUCACCGGAUGAAAUGGCUCCGUUGGAAGCAGCCACUUUGGGUAAGCGAUUCAGUUGCUCUUGCCAGUUUGGUUUUCCUCGGGCCAUUGACAUUACUUUGACCUGGGCCUAA